UAGAUAUGACGUGUGUUUACAAAACAAGAGCUCUCCAUCUCGAGAAAAAACAUUAUGCACACCGAUAUAUCAUACGCCAGGUAAACGUUAUGUAAACGUCGUUUUAAGAGCCUAAAUGACAUUUGAUUUGCGUAAUUACAUUGUUUAGCCCUUACUAUAUUGGAACCUCGAUUUUUAGACAGCAUUAGUGAGUCUAAAGUGACACAGAUCAACGCCUUUUAGAAACGAAACAGCUGAAUGUGUCCAGCUCCAUGUAUAUCUGUCACAUUUGAGUUCAGAACAGAUAUAAGAAAGUCUCCGUGUUUUGAUAGCUAUCAAGCCGUAUAGAUCAGCAUGAACUGUCGAUCAGAAGUCCUGGAGGUGUCAGUGGAAGGUAGGCAGGUGGAUGAGGCCAUGCUGGCCCUCCUGCACACGAUCCUCCUGCACCGCAGCACAGGGAAAUUUCACUACAAGAAAGAGGGGACGUACUCCAUCGGCACGGUGGGAACACAGGACGUGGACUGCGACUUCAUCGACUUCACAUUCGUGCGAGUGUCUUCUGAUGAACUCGACAGGGUUAUCAGGAAGGCUGUGGCUGAAUUUAAGGAUGCUCUUGGGAAUUCUGGGAGUGAUGGCAUGGGACAGAUCUCUUUGGAGUUCUUCCAGAAAAAGAAGUCCCGUUGGCCCUUUUCAGAUGAAUGCAUCCCUUGGGAGGUUUGGAGCAUCAAGGUCAACGUUGUGAACCUGGCCAACGAACAAGAGCGUCAGAUAUGCAGGGAGAAAGUUGGCGAGAAGCUCGGCGAGAAGGUCAUCAACAUUGUAGAAGUGAUCAACCGUCACGAGUAUCUUCCCAAGAUGCCCACACAGUCAGAGGUUGAUAACGUGUUUGAUACGAGUUUGAAAGAUGUCCAGCCGUAUUUGUACAAGAUCACUUACCAGAUCACAGAUUCCCUGGGGACAUCAGUGAGCACCACCAUGAGAAGGCUUAUCAAAGACACUCUUGCAUUAUAAAGGUUGUGACAAUGUUGCUGAUGAAACAUGAUGCUCCUUGGACCUUGAUGAUGAUGUAAAUUUCACACGCUCCACACACUUAUGACCGCUGAUGUGUUGCUGUACAUAAUUCAGAAUACAAAUUGUGUUUUUAUUAUUUUCAGUUAUUGCUAAAUUGAUGUCAGGAUUUAAUUGCCCCUGAAUGUUUUUUUUUUUUUUU